CUCGGCUUCCACCACCAUAGCCGACUCGAAGCAGAACGCGGCCUUGGAAGUAGUGAUAUGCGAACACUGAAAAGACGCCACAUAAUCGGCCACCAUGUCACGCGCAACAAUAGAGUUUUUUCGUGGAUUGUUCCGAUAUUUAUAUUUUGCAUAUACAAGGGAGGCGGAUUAUCGGGUAUCGUUAUCAGUGUCGUGGGCAGUAUCUACUAAAAGUCUCUUAUCGAGUAUGUGGAAGACCUUGAAGAUAACCUCCUCUAUACGGGGGGGAAAACAUCGACGGUGGAGCCAUGUGGAGCGCGGUCGCAGGAAAAAAAGGAGAGGAGAAGCGCGCGAAGCGGCAAACAAUAGGGUAGAUGCGGCGCAGAGACGGUGAGUCCUUUCCGCGAUUCAAAAAAAAAUUGUUUCUGCGUUUGUCCGCACCUGUUUCCAGAGGUUUUGCAUUAACACGCACUAGGGUCGAUAUGAGACUUAGUGUGAAGCAAAAAAAAUGCGCUGCACAGGUGUUUGCUCUUUCGAAAGACGUUCUUCCGCGCCCAUUGUUACGCGUUGGAAACAAACUUUAUGCAUUUUUACUUUUUAAAGCGAAAGUUUCACACCAGCCUUAGCUAACGCCUUCGGAAGGCUGCUUUACGGAAAAGGUAGACGGAUGCAUCUGUUCCCAUAGCGUUGAGAUUAACAUGUACCAGGGUCGAUAUAAGAUUUAGUGUGAAGCAAAAAAUUGCGCUGCGCUCGUGUUUAACCUUUCGUUCUGACGGCCACUGUUUUCAGCGACGUGCCAGAUCGCAGGAGGACGGCGAAGGGGAAAGGGUUGACGUCCUCUCCGCGAUUCCAAAAAAAGAAAAAAACAGUUCUUUCUUCGUUUGUCCACUCGCUCUUGUGUGGCGCUAGCAAAGUUCCACCGCUCCCCCCUCUCCUACUGCUGGCGGCCACUUUUUUAAGCGACGUGCCAGAUGUUAUCAGUAUAGAGGAGUUUAUGCGUCGAAGGACGCUAUUUCGAGUGGAUUUUCUCGGAGCAGUUUAUUUAUCAAUGACCUCGGAAUAGAGAUAUUGCAAAUAAAGAAGGAGGUAUCGGAUAUUUAAGCGAUCGCCCACUAGCGCAGGACUACUAGUCACGCUCUCAAUUAGACAACGAUCAGGACUUUCCCCGCUAUCCUUCGGAUCCACCACUUCCAGUAAAGCUAUGGAGCUCGAUCAUCAGACUGUCAGCAGGUGGACGAUAUACGAGACCGUGAAGACCACAUUCCCUGUACUGGAGAGGGGGUGUACUUCCGGGUCUACGUGCGGGCUACUCUUAAUGCAUCAUGUCUUAACAGCAAUUAAUGCUAUACUUUUUGUCGUGGGACUUGAAAUUGUCGAGAUUUCAGCGAAAUGCCUUGCGGUAGAAUGUGUGAACACGGGCGAAGGCGUGGAGGACGACAUGGACUACACCAAGGAAUCGGAGGCGGCCAUGAUAAUGUACCUUCUCUUCAGGCAACAUUCGUGCGUAAUUCGACUAAAUGCUUCGAAAUUGGUAGGCAAAAGUACCGUAAUGUUUAGAGAUUUGAUUUUGUGCGGCAUACGCCAAAAUUCGUCUAUUAGAGAAUUGGUUGUAGAUGAAACUUGCACGGAAACCGACAUGUUUGACAUGGAGCAAGUAACCAAGGACAUGAUGGAUCUGCAUCGGGCCAUUGAACACCUCCGUAAUCUACGUAUCGUAAAUAUAAUGACCACCAUGUAUGAGGAAUUCUCAACUCACCUGUUGAGGUGGAUAUUAGAGUUUCAAAUCGGACUGGAGGAGUUAUCUUACGAUAUUGAAUUUGUAGAUCUGAGGUCCGUGCAAGCAAUGCUAGAGAGGCCGGGCUGCGCCCUCAAAAACUUGCACUUUGAUGGAGGUAUUAUAGAGGCAGAUUUUCUGCGCGCAAUGACGUCUAUCAGACGCCUAAAGUUGACUGGCCUUCACAUCGAAAACGAGGCCGUCGUUGAAUUGGCGCGCUUGUUGAUGAAGACAAAUUGCAUGAUCGAGACGCUCGAAAUCAAUUUCACCAACCUAAACGACGAUAUGGUAUCCUAUCUGGCUGAGGCCGUUGCCCAUAAUCGGUCUUUAAUCGAAAUUAAUCUAAUAGAUAACAUGGCCUUGUCUACGCGCAGCCUACGGGUUUUGAUAGAGGCUUUAUCCAUCAACAAGAGCCUACAAGUCAUGACGCUUGGUGCCGUGACAGAUUUCGACGAAUUGGCGCAGCUGGCCAUCGAGCGAGGUCAGUGCCAGCGCUUGAAUUUGGUCGUUUCGUCCGAUGGCCGCAUAAAUGUAGAAUUAUUGGCACAAUUUAAAUACGUAAGCAUAGAAUAUGGAAUGUCAGGCGAGAUUCACCAAUACCUCGGUGAGACUUUUGACGCCCUCCGCGCCUCCCCGCACGUGCAACACGUAUAUAUCUUUGCCAACUUUUUGAUCAGUGUGGAUCGAAAGGUGGCCGCUUUCAUAGCAGACUCUAAGACUCUGAAGACCUUCACUCUAGUCACGUGUGGAAAAGAACGCCAGUUGGUCGUAAAGACAGUUUUGGAAGGCUUAUCGGAAAACCACGGACUAGAAUCGUUCGAAUGGUUGAACUGUGUCGUCGCGAGCUCGGAAGCCCUGCAAAGUCUCUACAAAGUUUUCAAAAACAACGAGACGUUGAUUAAACUGUGCUUGUCGACGAGGCCAUGCGGCAUCGAUUAUUACGCUGGCUUCGAGGGACUUAACCCUCGGCUUCGAUGUGUCGAGCUGCAUAAUGAUUACAACGUUCGCCCCGGAGGAUCGGGAGUGUUCGUCAUACAAGAGGCAGUGCGACAAAACAGGUGGCUCUUGAACAGAGCCGCAGAGUUUGUGGCCGAUCCAAGCGUCGCGGAUGCUGCUCCGGACAUGUACGACGUGCGGGCUCUGGAAUCUCUGCUGUGCGAUGUACGCCCCCCAUCACCAUCUACGUCCAAGGACGGCUGUUGUGUGAAUGUCAACUCGAGUGAAGUGGACGUCUUGGCGCGGGCUCGCCGCUACAUUCGUGAAAACUUUUUUCAACUGGCAAGAAUAUGUGACAGUGAAAUGUCUGUGUGUGCCUUUCCAUUUUUAAACAGAGAAUGUUGGGAGGCGGUCGCCUCGUAUUUGAAGCUAAAGGACAUCAAAUAAACAUCUUUAUAC